AUGGACGUUUUCGAUGGACUCCCUGAUCCGAUCGUCGUCGACAUCUUGAACAAAGUCGGUGACGUAAGAACCUUACUCCGUUGCAGUUCCCUCUCCAAACGAUUCAACUCGCUCGUGCCUCAGUCCGAGUCACUCUUCCUCCGCCUCGACCACCAAGACCCCGAUUCACAGUCCGAUUCUCCCGUCACCAAUAUUUUUCAAUCUUUCUUUCACGGUCUCCUCUCUCUGUUCUCUAAACCGGCUAAACCGAUCCCGGUCACGAAUCUUUCUCCGAAUAUCCCUUCCAAGAUUCUCUCCCGGUUUGACCGAAUCAAGAGUUUGGAAGUCGAGGUUCCCGGCGGCGAUCUAAAGCUCGAGAAAGGCGCCGCCGUUAAGUGGAAAGCUGAGUUCGGAAAAACUCUCAAGAGCUGCGUCGUCGUUGCGUUUCGUUCCGCCGCCACCGUGUCUUCUUCUUCUUCUCCUCCUCCUUCUUCCGGUGAGUCCGACGCCGAGUUCGUGACUGGACUGAAGACGCGCGUGGUGUGGACGAUUAGUGCGUUGAUAGCCGCGUCGACUCGUCACCACCUCAUGAGCGAGGUCGUGAAGGAGCACGAGGAGAUGGAGAGUUUGGUGAUUCGUGACGGAGGAGGAGAAGGCACGGUGGUGAUGGAAUCGGAAGGACUGAGAGAGUUUCGAAAGACGGAGGAAGCUCGUGAAGAAGACGAGGAGAAGCGCGUGGUUAAAAAUGGGAGGAGUGUGGUCCCGAGCGUGAGGAUGAGUAUGAGACACGCGCCGUCGCUUAAGCUUAAGAGUGGUAUCUGUUUAGAAUCCGCGACGCUCGUUAUCGUAAGGCCGAGCGAGGAAUAUACCGACGUCGGAGAUGAUGAGCUGGCAACGCAGGCUUUUGCCGCCGGAGAUUGUAUGUACGGUGAAGCGGUCGUCGCUUUGUUGAAGCUUAAGAAGAACGCUUUAGAGAUGAAUUCAUUUUAA